CUUUUACUGCCCUUUGAAUAUUUUCUGUCUAAGCUAUUUUUUCUCUAAUGCUUUCCCAGAUAUCUUGGCAAUGUACUUGAAGGGUGUUUCACAUAAUUUUUCCCCCUUCCAGGCAUAGAGACAGGAUAAAGGAACGAAGCGCCAGGAGGAAGGAAAAACAAGAAGACAGCCCCCUGACAUCUUCUGCCAUGACAAUCAUAUCCUUGUUCCGAGGCCAGAAAGAUGAUCACCAUAGCAAAAACAGGUCUUCGUCUCUGGAAAGCAGUUGCUCCGCACAUACGGACUCUGACAUCACCCAAAUCCGACCCUGUGAUGUGAAAGAGAGACGGGGAUCUUACACAGCAGACAACAUUGUCAAAGCCAGUCUCACCAUACCAGUCCAUCCACAGGUUGCUUCUUACACAGUCGACAACGAAGACAUUCCUUACAUCGAGGACGAUACUGUGAAGCAAGCUCCUGCGGUACCACCGAGACGUACAAGGAACUACUCGACAGGCAGCGAAUCUUCGAUAGCCUCCAUCCAGCCUAUCACAGGCUCUAUCUCUUUGAUCCACGGGUACGACUCGGCCAUUGGCUCGUCUACAGCGUGUUCGAGUUCAAUCCAGAACACUCCUUCGUCGAUAUCAAGCGUCGUGGAUACCGGAGGCAUACAUAGCCCACCAUCGUGGGCUUGUAGUCCACCUACAUCUCCUGACAGUACUACCACUACCGCAAACUAUAUUCCUGAUGAGUCACAUGCUCAAAGAGGGAUAUCCAAGGCGCCAAGAGAUAGCACCUCCACCAGUGCAGGUUACGUAACCGAUGAGUCGCACGCCCAAAGAGGUCUAAGCAAGACCACCACUUCUGAUGAAGCACAUGUACAAAGAGGUAUGUCCAGGGCUUCAAGGGAUGGUACCACCACGUCUGAUGAAGCGCAUGUCCAAAGAGGUGUAUCCAGGGCUCCCAGAGUGAGCAAUAUCGCGAGCGAAGCAUCUUCAGUGCUUCAGAGGAUCCAGACGAGCUCGAGCGAUUCUGGAUACAAGAAGACCCACAUGGGUUUCCCGAUGCCGGAAAGGGAGCCCAGAAUCAACACUAGCAUAAGCAGUAUUGGAAGUGCUGUGAUGAAAUCCAGGACGGCAGAUUUCGAGAAGAUCUCCAAGACGGAUCCUGGGAAACCGAAGGCUGCGCCUGCUGGUACCUCGUCCACGAGUACUUCGAGUGAUAGGGACAAGAAGAAGUACGUGAAGCGACGGUACACGGAUUCCAGGCAUCAGACGACCCAUAUUCCAGAUUCGGAAUAUCUUGAAUCGACGACUGCUCAGUGCAAAGGCCCGGAAAAAGUUGGUAACGCACAAGCUGGUCCAGUAUACAAGCGAAGAGAACUGAUUUCAAGUGUGCCGACCAAAUGAGCGGACCUGGUUAUAGUACAGUGAAAUUGGAUAAAAUUACGGUGUGUCAAUAUAACUUCGUUGAAGUUUUGUUUCUAGUCUUACUGGACUAUGAUGUAGUAUCAUGCGCGAAAAAUGUAUAUACACAUAUCGAUCUUAUAUUUUUAUAUAAAUAAUCGUACGUUUUUUUAUGUGUUCAGAAUCAAUAACGGCGACGAAGCCAUA